CCGCUCCCUCCUUCCUUGCCUCGGUCGCUGCCCGGCCCCGGCGCAAUGUCGGGCGGCGCGGCGAGCGCCCCUAAGCCCCUCCCGUCCUCCGGGCCCAAGUCGCUGCGGGAGAUGCCGCAUCCCCUGGCCACGUCCAGCAGCGAGGAGAUGGGGCCGGCGCUCACCCCCAGCCCCGACCUGCUCCUGCCCCGCAGCAUCGCCGACAAGGAUCUCAGCCUGCCCAAUGGCACACCUGUGGACACUUCUAGCCCGGCCUCCUCCUCAUCUCUCCUCAACAGACUGCAGUUGGAUGAUGACUUGGAUGUGGAAACUAGAGACCUCUUUGUUACUGUUGAUGAUCCCAAAAAACAUGUGUGCACAAUGGAGACGUAUAUUACAUACAGGGUUACAACAAAGACCACACGAGCAGAGUUUGAUUUGCCGGAGUAUUCUGUCCGUCGGCGGUACCAAGACUUCGACUGGUUGAGAAACAAGCUGGAAGAGUCUCAGCCAACACAUCUUAUUCCCCCUCUUCCUGAAAAAUUUGUGGUGAAGGGUGUUGUUGAUCGCUUUUCGGAAGAGUUUGUGGAGACAAGGAGGAAAGCAUUAGACAAGUUCUUGAAGAGAAUAACUGAUCACCCAGUGUUGUCUUUUAAUGAGCACUUCAACGUCUUUCUCACAGCUAAGGAUCUUAAUGCCUACAAAAAGCAAGGAAUGGCUUUGCUGUCAAAGAUGGGGGAGUCUGUCAAAUACGUUACAGGAGGCUACAAAUUAAGAAGUCGGCCACUGGAGUUUGCAGCCAUUGGGGAUUAUCUGGACACAUUCUCUCUAAAGCUUGGUACCAUUGAUAGAAUAGCACAACGGAUCAUCAAGGAACAGCUGGAAUACUUGGUGGAACUACGAGAAUAUGGACCUGUUUAUUCAACCUGGGGAGGGCUGGAGGUUGAGCUAUCAGAGCCACUGGAAGGAGUGUCUGCCUGUAUUGGGAAUUGCUGCACAGCUCUUGAAGAACUCAGUGAGGACAUGACAGAAGACUUCCUGCCUGUGCUUAGGGAAUAUAUAUUGUAUGCUGAGUCCAUGAAGAAUGUUUUGAAGAAAAGGGACCAAGUUCAAGCGGAGUAUGAAGCAAAACUGGAAGCAGUAGCCUUGAAAAGAGAAGACCGUCCAAAGGUACCCGCAGAUGUUGAGAAAUGUCAAGACCGAGUAGAAUGUUUCAAUGCUGACUUGAAAGCAGAUAUGGAGAGAUGGCAGAACAACAAAAGACAAGACUUUAGGCAGCUACUCAUGGGGAUGGCAGAUAAAAACAUCCAGUACUAUGAGAAGUGCCUUACGGCGUGGGAGUCAAUUAUACCACUAUUGCAAGACAAGCCAGAGACCAAAUAAGAAGUACCUUCAUGGACAGUCUAGCACUUCUGUGCUCAGUACCACUAGUCAUACUGGAACUGUAUGGAGGACUCUUUUUGUUAAGUUAACUGAAAUGACAGCUGCACUUAGUUUUUCAGAGUAUCUGUUCCAGCCUAUUUGAAAUUUUUUUCCUGAAUUUUUGUGUUUAAACAGGGGCAUGUUUCAUCUUUUUGAGUUAUCUUGAAUGGUUCCUUCUUUAUUCUAUGGAGUGAUUGGGGUUCACAGAGAAAGUGCAUGGGGAUCUUGAUAAAAUUUACCUCUCUAGUCUGGAAGGAACUGAUGAAUGGAACACUAAAAAGAUGAAAAUAAAACUCUACUGCAAGGUGCCAAAUGACAUCUUUAUUACCAUUCUGUUUUAACCAAUCCUUCUCUCUAUUUUUUUUUUUUUUUGAAUGGACAAAGAAAGGCUGGGAAAGAAUAUUUUCUGUUUUGCUACCACCUGUGUGCUCCCUCUGGAUGAAAUGGUCUCUGUAGACUUUUCUGUCCAGGAAUCAGGCUGGUUCUAGACAGACCAUACCAGCACCAGCUGCAGAUGGCUGGUGAUGGAAGCAUGAGCUGUGGUUUUUGUGAGUGUGGCAUGCUGUUGGUUCAUACUGAGUAUCUUUGUUUACCUUGGUGAUUAUGAAGUAAUGUCAGUUGACUGAAGUGUACUUGUGACUGACUUGGGGAUCAAAAACCAGCUUAGCUACGGGAAUGAGUUGGACUGCUGCCUUUCAGGGGUUGUGGGAAUGGGGAAGGAUGGGUCUUUUAAUUUUCCAAAGCUAGCUCUGGAAGUUGCAUGGUGGAGAUCUCUUAUACCAUGCUUUAUGUAUGGGUUUUACUAGAGCCACUUUAGGCUUGGUCACCUAAGAUGCCUGCUGUAGUAAAAGUAGAACUCUUUUCUUUCUCCAUGCUUUAUUUGCGGCAGCCAAAAGCCAAAAGGUGUCAAAUGCUUCCUUCCACCAAGCAUCAGAGUGUGUGAAACUUGCCUUAAAUGGGUUGGUGGGGGAUAGAUGGGUACCCUAUUAGGUUCAUACCUGUCUCUGCUGAACCACAUGGCAAGUUUUUUAGGGCUACUUUUGUUACAGAUCUAUUUUCUUAGUAGCUUCUGUUGGCCUUUAGAAUUGCAGCUGCUUCUGCAAGUCCCUUUUUUGUCCUUGCUCUUGCAAUCCAACCUCAAGUAAAUGCCUGCUUGGUGUUAAUGGCCUUAGGCCUUAGGAAUGCUGCCGUGAUUUAACAAUCCUAGUGCAGGGGGUUGGGACUCAUAUGAGUGUAAUACUGAGAUUUAGGGCAAUAAAUAACUCUGUGCUUACUUUCUAAAUUGGAGUGAUUACUUGUU